AUGACAACCUCCUCCAAACCAGCUCCAAUAGCCAUAAUAGGCGGUGGACCCUGCGGCCUCACACUCGCACGACUCUUCGAACGCGCCGGAACAGACUAUACAGUCUUCGAACGCGAUCAAGGCCCAGACCCGACAACCCGUUUCCAAGGCGGGACACUAGACUUGACAGUCGAAGGCGGCCAAGCAGUCCUAAAAAUGGCGGGUCUAUCUGCCGACUUUGAGAAACUGGCUCGUCGGGACGCAACGACGAUCCUGAUGCAGGAUUCGCAGGGAAAACAUUGUUUUUCUGCUGGUGAUGGGAAUGAUCGCCCGGAGAUUGAUCGGUUGCAGUUGCGGAGACUUUUGUUGGGUUCUAUUCCUACGCAUCGGGUGAGAUGGGGUAAGGUGCUUGGUGGUAUUGAACGUGGAGGGGAUGGACCCGCUUCGGCGGCGGAUUGGAUACUUCGUUUCAACGAUGGGUCGACUGAGAGUGGGUUCAGGCUUAUCGUUGGUUCUGACGGGGCAUGGAGUAAGGUGCGACAGUUGAUCACACCUGCGAAGCCCCAAUAUUCGGGCAAGAUGUUCAUCGAGGGCCGAAUAUCACAGGAUAACCCACAAUACGGUGCUGCGCUCGAGAUGGUCGGUGCCGGGAACUCCAUUGCGAUGGGCGCUGGGCUAGCAUUGUGUAUUCAGCAAAUGUCUGACCGAUCUUACCGCGUGUAUAUGGGCGUUGAGGCAUCCGAGACAUUCACUAAGCCUGGUGGCAAGGCUGAUGUAAAUGACAUGACCAAGGCACGAGAAACGAUGAACAGGCUAUUUGCGAACUGGGCUCCGAAUCUUCGUGCGUUUGUGGCAGAAGCUGAAGGACCAUGGCGUCCUUGGCCUCUUUAUCGACUCGACAAGGAACUCUUUUUGCCUGGUGCAUUGAGAGAUGAUGGAGAGAUGGGGGAGAAGUUCUGGACUCGCACGCCGGGGGUUGUGGUACUCGGUGAUGCGGCGCAUGUGACAACACCGAACGGGGAAGGUGUUAACCAUGCUAUGAUGGAUGCUAUGAUGUUUUUUGAGCACAUGAUGGCUGAGCUCGGUAGUGGUGAUGGGUAUAAUGCACAGGAUGAUGCUACGGCAUUGGAACGCGCCAUUGUUGCUUAUGAAGCUGGUAUGCGCCCUCGGGCGUAUGCAAGUAUCCUGGAUAGUUUGAACAUGGAGAACGUGAUGUAUAGGGAGGAUGGCGUGCUGCAGAUGAUGAAGAUGUUCGGGGAGGGAAAGGAGUGA